AUGUCGACCCCAAAGAGAAAGGCGGCGGCCAAGCUGGCGACCCCGGUCGUCAAGCCCGACGCCAGGAGAGCAACCAAGAACACAAUUGACGAGUCCCGAACGACAGUCGCUGGCACCGACGCCCUGCAGAGCUCGCCGGCCGAUCCCAUCGAGAUCUCGGAUGAUGCUGACAGCGACGAGGACCUCUCCGACAUGGACGAGGACGUGAACGAGGAGGCUGAGGCUGGCAAGGGCGCGGAGUCACAGUCUUUGGCCAAUGGCCAGCAGAACCCUAAAAAAGACGACGCAGAGGAUGGCGAGUCUGAUGCCGAAGGCACAUCUCCCUCCUUUGGCGAGCUGCUGCGCGGCAACGAAAUCAUCGACGUCAAUGCCCUGCUCCAGCAGUCUGCCGCAGACAGCAUUGCCGCCGUCGAUUCGUCGCGAAGCGCCAUUGCCCCUCCCACCCACAACUCCCUCACCACCGUCCUCACCCAGGCCCUGAAAAGCGACGACACAGACCUCCUCGAGUCAUGCCUGCACACGACGGACAUCCCCACCAUCCAAAACACAAUCGAGCGCAUCGACAGCUCCCUGGCCGGCGUGCUGCUCAACAAGCUCGCCGCCCGCCUGCACAGACGGCCUGGCCGCGCCGGAACCCUCAUGACCUGGGUGCAGUGGACGCUGGUUGCCCACGGUGGAGCCCUGGCCGCGCAGCCCAAGCUCCUCAACGACCUCAACAGCCUGCAAAAGGUGCUCGCCGAGAGAGCAAAGGGCCUCAACAGCCUGCUCGCCCUCAAGGGCAAGCUGGACAUUCUUGAGGGCCAGAUGGAGCUGCGAAGGAAGAUGCAGCGAAGCGCCGGUCUCCUCCAGGACGGCGAGGACGAUGCCGAUGACGAGGACGUCAUCUACGUGGAGGGCGAAGAGAAGGAUGCUGAAGUCGCCGCCAAUGGCACUCGCUCCCGGAGAAGAGGCGGUGCCUCCAAGGCUGCCCGCGACGAGGACGAGGAUGAGGACGACGACGACCGCGUGCUGAACGGCUUCAUUGGCGACUCUGAAGACGAGGAGGAAGGUUCCGAGCAGGGCGAAGAUGAGAGCGACGCCGGCGAGGAGCCCCUGGACGAGGACGAAGUGGACUUUGACGACGUUGAUGAGUCCAUGGGUGAGGAUGACGAGAGCGACGUGGAGGUUGCGCCGCCGACAAAGGUGCAAAAAGUGACACGGUCAUUUGGCAAGAAGAAAUAA